UCUUUCAUUAUCUCUAUGACUCUAUCUGUGGUACCUUUUCUAGGCUCCUGUUUGCAUUAUACAUAUACAAAGUAGUUCUUCAUUUUAAAACUUUGUUAAUGUCUUCUAAUUAGGAAGGGCCGAAGGGGCAACAAGGUGAGUUUUGUAUAAACCUAGUUCUGACUUUUGAGUUUUGACUACUGCAAAAUAACUUGCUGAUUUUCUUGCUGAUACAAUAGUUAGCUGUCAAUAUAUAGUUGCACACGAGCCACAUCUAUGUUCUCUUUCUGUUGAAGACCAUUUUUGUACCUGCAUCUAUCUCUACAUGUACAUUAUUUAGUGUCUUUUGUCCUUAUAGUCAUUUUUACCUAAUUAUAAGAAAAGUAAUCUUAUGUAUUACUGAUUGAUUGAAAUGAGGGGAUUGAAGGACUGAAUUGAUCAGUAUUACUUUGUUUUCCCCCUUAAUAUCAUAAUAUAGAACUUUCCAAUUCAGUUUGGUGCAUAUAAACACUGAAGGUCUAUGUCAAGAUUUGGUAAUUAUUUUUGUAUAUUGUAUAAAUUAUUUGCAAAGAUGCGUCAGACAUUUUCACUUGACUAUUUUACCCUUCAUUUUUAUUUAAAUUACAUCACUCCUUCAUUAUUGCACGGUUUGCACAUCGACAGACGACAGCGACGACAGGUAAAGUUGUAAAGCUUGUGUUUUAAUUGAGAACUAAUGUUUCCCUCAUCCAACAGCCGAUUUGAGACCCCUGCAACCUUCAAGUUCUCUCUCUACAAAUUUCAGCUCUUUCUCUGGUACUCCAGCCUCCAGGACCCAGAAAUGCCCAUCAAUAUAGAAGAUGAGCCCGAUUGUGGGUCAGAUGCUGAUGUUAUGUCUGAUGAUGGACCAUAUAUUCCUGGAAUUCCAUCAACAGAACCUUCAAGUGUCGUAACACUUGAAACAAAUGCAACUACCAAAAGGAAAAGAAGGAGUGUAGUUUGGGAUGAGUUCACAAUCAUUGAUGGGCAGGGUUUUGAUGAUGGGAAGAAUCGAGCUGAAUGCAAAAGAUGUAAGCAAGUUUAUAGGGCUGAUAGUAAUAUUAAUGGAACUGGAAGCCUUAGGAGACAUAUUCUACAUUGCCCAAAAAGGGAAAACAAAGGAAACACAAGCACCCAAAUGAUUUUUGGUGUAAAUGAUGGGAAAGUGAUGUUAAGAGACCAAAAAGUUGACCAAGAUUUUGUGCGGGACAAAAUUACGAAGCUUAUUGUGAGACAUGAGUUACCUUUAGUUUUUGUUGAGUAUGAGGAGUUCAGAGAGUUAAUUACAUACCUUUUUCCGGGCUAUACCCAUAUUGCUCGAAACACACAAAUGUCAGAUAUUUUGAGGUUAUACAAUUUGGAGUCCAUUAGAAUCAGGAAUUUACUUAACUCAUUUCCUGGGAGGAUUUCUUUGACAAGUGAUUUAUGGACAUCUAUCACUAAUGAUGGAUACAUUGCUUUGACUGCCCAUUACAUUGAUAAGGAUUGGGUGUUGCAUAAGAAGUUGUUGAAGUUUUGCAUCAUGCCACCUCCACACACUGGCAUCCAUAUUUGUGAAAUGGUUUCAAAAAUCUUGUCUGACUGGGGUAUUGAUCGGAAAUUGUUUUCAAUUACUUUAGAUAAUGCCACAGCUAAUUUCUGUUUUGUUGACUUGCUGAAGAAAAAUUUGAAUUUGAAGAAUGCUCUUUUAUGUAGAGGAUUACACUUUCAUAAUAGGUGUUGUGCACAUAUUCUUAAUCUUAUUGUACAAGCUGGACUGAAACACAUAGAUGACUCUGUGGUGUUGGUGCGAUCUAGUAUAGCCUAUGUGAAAGGAUCACAUGCAAGAAAAGUAAAAUUCUUGGAAAUUUGUAAGCAAUUGGGAUUACAAAGUAGUAAGGGCUUACGUGCUGAUGUCUCCACAAGGUGGAACUCAACCUAUCUCAUGCUUGAUUCUGCAUUAUUUUAUUGUAAAGCAUUUGAGAACCUUGGACUAGUGGAUGACAACUUUAAAACUUGUCCUAGUUCUGAACAAUGGUUGAAGAUUGAGAGAUUAACGAGUUUUUUGUAUCCCUUCUAUGCAAUUACUGUUUUGCUUUCUGGUUCCAAGUAUCCCACAGCAAAUUUAUAUUUUGAAAAUGUUUGGGAGAUUCACAAAAGUUUAUUAGAAGAGGUAUCACGUGGGCUCAACUUUAUGAAGCCAAUGGCAGUGGAAAUGAAGAAAAAAUUUGACAAAUAUUGGAGUGAAUAUAGUCCAAUUUUGGCCAUUGCUUUGGUGUUUGAUCCUCGAUAUAAACUUAGUUUUGUGACUUGGGCAUUUUCUAAGCUUUGCAAUCUGGACUUAAAUGCAUCUACAAUGUGCCACAAUGUGAGGAAUUAUUUAUAUCAAUUGUUUGAUGAGUACAAGAGUAUGCAACCAAGUGAUUAUGAUGUUCCUACACUUACCCAUCGUCCUGGGAGAUCUAGAACAAGAUUUGAAUUUAUGGUAUCCGAGCUUGCUGAGAUGGAUAAUGGAAAUAAAUCUCAAUUGGAUAUAUAUCUAGAUGAACCCAAGGUCCCAUUCAAUGAUAAUGAAUAUGAUGAGUAUGAUGUGUUGGCAUUCUGGAAAGCAAAUGGGUCAAGGUAUCCAGAUGUGGCUCGAAUGGCUCGUGAUGUCUUGGCUAUACUAGUUUCCACAGUUGCUUCAGAGUCGGCUUUUAGCGCAGGGGGCCGUGUUAUUGAUAAAUAUCGGAGCAAACUCCUACCUACCAAUGCUGAAGCAUUAAUAUGCCUUCGGGAUUGGAUGUUUGAUAUAGACUUCAGAGCUGAGCCUUUUGAUGAUCCCACUGAUGUGGAUAAUGCACUUGGAAAUAUACUGGAACUAUUGCACAUUGAAAAUGAGAGAGGUGCAGUAGCUAGUUCUUCAGCUGGUCCUACUCCAAGAGAAGGAUAA